AUGAAAUCGGCUUCAAGUUUAUCUUUGAAUUCAAACACAAGCAGUAACUCUACUGUUGAUACUGAAGUUUUUGAUCCACCAAAUACAAUUUAUGAGUGUAUUGGAUUAGCUUAUUCAAGAAAUGGGUCCAAGAUCUUGGGGUCUAGAAACUACAAUGAUUUUGAAAUUGAUGAUAUUUUUCAAGUAAUUAAAAAAAACGAACAAACAAGAUUAUUUUUCCAAGACGGUUUAACUCAAUUAAAUAUUGAGAAUCUGUAUUAUAUCUGGGAAAUUCAAAUUGAACCAGGUAUUUGGCAAGGAGUAGUUACGGUUCAAUUUAAUGUUACUGAUUUUGAAUAUUGGUUUCUUAAAUUAUUGGUGUCACUGUCAAGAAUACACUUCAAGCAAGAGCUAGAAGAAGGUGAGAAUUAUGAAAUAUAUACAAAGAUGGUUUCUAAUGCUUUUGCUCAAGAAUUGAAACAUACUGUUGAAAAUGAUCAAUGGGAUGAUAUUGGGAAAGCAUUUUUCAGUAAAAAUGUUGAUUUUUUCACUUCUCGUUGGCAACCUUUGGAAGCAGUUUUACCUGCUUUUCCUUGUAAAUCAUCCAAUGUUGAAAAAGUUGCUGGUGAAAUGCCUGACAAGGGAGAAGAAUUGGCACUUUCAAGAUUGAUUCAAUUUGCAGCUUCUGUUAAAGAAAUAUAUCCUCCAGGUAUAAUUAUUUGGAUUGUCAGUGAUGGACAUGUUUUCAGUGAUUGUAUUGCUGUUGAUGAUUCUAAAGUUAAUCGAUAUUUUGAAGCUUUACAAGAAUUGUAUGCUAGAUUGAAGCCAAAGGAUGCAAAUCCAAUUCGUUUUUGUUCUUUGCCAGUUAUUUUCAAUCUAGCAAAUUCAAAUUUCAAUAAUAAUUUGGUUGAGAAUGUUGAAUUGGGACAUUAUCUUGGCACUGAGAUUGAUCCUCAAUCUGAAAUUUGCAGAAAAAUCCUUGUCACUUCAUGUGAUACCGAUUGUGGAAAAUUGAGACAGGAUAUUACUACCAAGGGACAUCCAAGAUUGGCAUUAUUCAGAGGAUUUUCCAAAUUUAUGACUGAAGAUUUGGCACUUCACCCAAAUGUUGCAGGUAUGGCUAGAAAAAAGUUUAAGAAGAUUGUUGCGAAAGUUGCUUUUGAAAUGAUUAAACGCAAUGAUGCUUAUUCUAAUUUGGUUGAAUUGAUGUUCCCAUUCCAUUUGAGAUUCUCAAUUCAUGCUCAUUGUAAUUCUGGUCCAAAAUUUGGUAUUUCAUUGUUGUCAAAGACUGGUAAAAAUCAAUGUCACCCAAUUAAUAGUAUUCAAGAUCAUAAAGAACCAAAGAAUACUGAUUUGUUACAUAUUCCAACUCCGUGGCAUAAUUCUAUUGUUAAAAUCGACGAUAGUGACGUAUAUUUUGUGAUCAAAUCUAAUAAAGUCAAGGAAGAGAUAGAUCAAGGCAACGGUAAUGGUGGUUGGGAUCCAGUCAAUCGUCACUAUAUAUUUUUAAGUAAAUAA